AUGGUGUAUCUCCCGCCUCCGCAUCUGGCAACGGCGGCGCGCCCGUCCUAUGGCGAGGCUUACAAUUCUAUUCUCACGGCCCACCGACGGUCCCCGCUGACUUCAGCCUCCUCCGUCAUUAUGCUCGUUGCACCAGAUGUUGAUGCUCUAUGUGCGGCCCGGAUGCUCGCCGAUUUGUUUAAGCAAGACGAUGUGGUCUACCGCACAAUACCAGUGUCUGGGAUUUCGGAGCUUCAGACCGUUAGAGAUGACUUGAUUUCAGUUGCAGAGCUGCACACACUCAUACUUUUAAAUAUGGGCGGAGUCCUUGAUCUUCCUUCAGAGGAAUGGUUUGGUGGCUUCAGCUCCCAAAUGACCGUGCAUGUCAUCGAUUCUGCUCGCCCUCAGAAUUUGGCUAGUUUGUUCGGAACUGGUGAGAAGGGAGAUCGAAUAGUUGUCUGGGACGAUGGAGAGGCCGAAAAGCUUACGGAAGAGCAUAAGGCUCUUGAAGCUUUGAUGUUUGAGCCGGAACCAGAUUCAGAGGAUGAUUCCGAUUACGAUUCAGACGAUCCACCAGAAGAUGACGAGGAUGACGAUGAAGAAGAGUACGAGAGUGGCAGUGGUGCAAAUGGGAAGCGGAGGUCAUUAGGUGAGGGCGAUCGGCGAGGAAAACGACGGCGGACGGAUGGCGAGCGUCGGAUAACGCGGAUGUCACGCGACGAACGCGAAACAUACGAACGUCGUCUCAAUAAACACUACACAUCCGGUACCUGGCAUGGGCAGAGCGCGUCUGCAACGAUCUACCUUCUCGCCACAGUGCUGGAGCGAGUUGACAAUGACUUACUCUGGUUCGCCAUCCUUGGAUUGACUUUCCAGUACACGACAGCGCGAAUAUCACGGAAAAAAUAUGAAGACUUUCAUUCAAUAUAUUACGACGAAGUCUUUCGUCUGAAUCCUCCUCCACCUACCGGUGACAAAGCCCAAAUCUCACUCAGCCCCGACGACCACAGUAUCCGAACGACGGACGAACUCAGAUUCAUGCUGUUCCGUCAUUGGACACUCUACGAUGCGAUGUUUCAUUCCAGCUAUAUAGCAAGCAAGCUUGGUAUAUGGCAAGACAAGGGAAGGAAGAAGCUGACGGGUCUUCUCGCCAAGAUGGGAUUUUCAUUGCAACAGACACAGCAACAGUAUACUCACAUGGAUAUGGAUCUGAAGCGGGAGCUGGUGAACAGAUUGGACAAGGUUGCACCUGAAUAUGGUAUGGUGGAGCUCUCGUAUCCUUCUUUUAUGCGGUGUUUCGGCUAUCGGGGUCAGCCUCUGUCAGCGUCGGAUGCGGUUGAGGGAAUAAGUGCGUUGUUGGACGUCAACACGGGAGUGGCGAUAGAAAUUGAAGUGGAGGGUGCUCGGAAUGGUGGUGAAUGGUUCGGCGGAGGGCGACCAUGGCAGGCGCCAGGCGCUGGUCGAGAGAGUAAACGGCGGCGGGAUGACGAAAGGGAGAAUAUCCCUCCAGGCGGUCAUGCUGCGGCCAAAGCGGCCAAGGCCAAGCCUAGUGAAGGCGAGGAUGACCAGGAGGAUGCGGAGAAAGAGAAGUGGUGGGUUAAAAACUUUUGGACGGCUUAUGAUGCUCUGACAGAUAUUGGUCCCCUACAGCAAUCCCUCAAACUCUCGAUGUCUGUGCACAGAGCAAUCAUACGUACGGGGACAUCUAUCAUUGAUAAGCGGGACAUUCGGUCAAAUAGAAAUCACCAUGUCGUUGUCUUGACGCAGGGACCAGACCUUGCGAUGUUUUCCCACCCUGGCAUUCUAUCAGCGAUUGGCAUUAGCCUUCCUUUCGUUGUCGCGUGUCUCAACGAGAACACGUCGUCGUAUCUGGUCGUCGGUGUGACAGCCGCACUCGACUUUGACGAUGUUCGGAAAAAUGAGUUUUCGCUCUCUUUCCUGUUCGCGAAGGAACGGUGCAAUGCGCGGACACGUCAUGGAUCUUUUGACACUAGUGUACUGGAGAUUAACAAGGACGACCUGAAGUUGUUCUUGGAGACGCUGUGCGAGGAGCAAGACGGGUAA